AUGGCGGACACAGCGACUGAGAUCGAUCUCGACUCGGUCAUUGACCGACUACUCGAGGUUCGAGGAAACAGGCCGGGGAAGCCAGUGCAGCUACAGGAGUACGAAAUCAAAUAUCUCUGCACAAAGGCUCGCGAAAUUUUCAUCAACCAGCCCAUCCUGCUCGAACUCGAGGCCCCCAUCAAGAUAUGCGGCGACAUCCAUGGGCAGUACUAUGACCUCCUCCGGUUGUUCGAGUACGGUGGGUUUCCCCCAGAAGCCAAUUAUUUGUUCCUUGGGGACUACGUCGACCGUGGCAAGCAAUCCUUGGAGACGAUCUGUCUGCUGCUGGCAUACAAGAUCAAGUACCCGGAAAAUUUCUUCGUGUUGAGGGGGAAUCACGAGUGCGCGAGCAUCAACCGAAUUUACGGGUUUUACGAUGAAUGCAAGCGUCGAUACAACAUCAAGCUAUGGAAGACUUUUACGGAUUGUUUCAACUGCCUCCCCAUCGCUGCCAUCAUUGACGAGAAAAUUUUCACAAUGCACGGCGGUCUUUCGCCCGAUCUCCAAUCCAUGGAGCAAAUCCGAAGGGUAAUGCGCCCUACAGACGUCCCCGACACCGGAUUGUUAUGUGAUCUCCUGUGGUCUGACCCAGACAAAGACAUCACGGGUUGGUCAGAGAACGAUCGAGGAGUAUCAUUCACCUUCGGUCCAGAUGUAGUGUCGAGGUUCUUACAAAAACACGACAUGGACUUAAUCUGUCGGGCGCAUCAGGUGGUGGAAGAUGGCUACGAAUUCUUCGCAAAACGGCAUCUGGUGACCUUGUUCUCAGCGCCUAACUAUUGUGGAGAAUUUGACAAUGCAGGGGCAAUGAUGAGCGUCGACGAAACUCUGCUGUGCUCAUUCCAGAUAUUGAAACCUGCGGAAAAGAAAGCGAAGUAUCCAUAUGGAGGCGUGAACAUGGGUCGCCCUGUAACACCACCGCGCAAACAGAAGAAGAAGGAUGCGAGCAAGAUGGGUUAA